UUGAUGCGCCAGGACCCAGCACCGCCGCUGGGACUCAGCGCAGGGGCCGGCGGCCGCGGAGCGGGACCGGACCGGAGCGGACCGGGCCGCACGGGGCUUGCGGGCGGCCAGAGGGAAGUGUACUUCAAGAACCUUUCAAAGCAGAAACAAAAGGAAGUCAUGGAGAAGAAUGGAAACAACCACAAACUUCGUGUUUGUGUUGCAACUUGCAACCGUGCAGAUUAUUCCAAGUUGGCUCCCAUUAUGUUUGGUAUUAAGGCAGAACCACAGUUCUUUGAGCUCGAUGUUGUGGUGCUUGGUUCCCACCUGAUUGAUGAUUAUGGUAAUACCUAUCGUAUGAUUGAACAAGAUGACUUCGAUAUCCAUACAAGACUGCACACCAUUGUGAGAGGGGAGGACGAGGCAGCUAUGGUAGAGUCAGUGGGGCUUGCGUUAGUCAAGUUACCAGAUGUCCUGAACCGCCUGAAGCCUGACAUCAUGAUCGUUCAUGGGGACAGAUUUGAUGCUCUGGCCCUGGCCACAUCUGCAGCCCUGAUGAAUAUUCGCAUUCUUCACAUUGAAGGUGGGGAAGUCAGUGGGACUAUUGAUGACUCGAUCAGACAUGCUAUAACCAAACUGGCCCACUACCACGUGUGCUGCACAAGGAGUGCAGAGCAGCAUUUGAUAGCCAUGUGUGAAGACCAUGACCGCAUCCUUUUAGCAGGCUGUCCCUCGUAUGAUAAGCUUCUCUCUGCCAAAAACAAGGACUACAUGAGUGUUAUACGCAUGUGGCUAGGUGAAGAUGUCAAAACCAGAGAUUAUAUAGUUGCUCUGCAACAUCCUGUAACCACCGAUAUUAAACAUUCCUUAAAGAUGUUUGAGCUGACACUAGAUGCACUCAUCUCCUUCAACAAGAGAACUCUUAUUCUAUUCCCUAAUGUGGAUGCGGGAAGCAAAGAGAUGGUUCGCGUGAUGAGGAAGAAGGGGAUUGAACAUCAUCCCAAUUUUCGGGCAGUGAAGCAUGUCCCAUUUGACCAGUUCAUUCAGCUGGUUGCUCACGCUGGUUGUAUGAUUGGUAACAGCAGCUGUGGUGUCAGAGAGGUGGGAGCGUUUGGUACACCUGUCAUCAACUUGGGGACACGUCAGACAGGGAGAGAAACAGGUGAAAAUGUUCUUCAUGUUCGUGACGCUGACACACAGGAUAAGAUUCUGCAUGCUCUGCAGCUCCAGUUUGGUAAACAGUACCCAUGCUCAAAAAUAUAUGGAGAUGGUAAUGCUGUUCCAAGGAUUUUGAAGUUCCUUAAAUCUAUCAAUCUCAAAGAGCCAUUGCAAAAGAAAUUCUGUUUUCCUCCUGUCAAAGAUAAUAUCUCUCAAGAUAUUGACCAUAUUCUAGAGACACAGAGUGCUUUGGCUGUGGAUCUAGGUGGAACAAAUCUUCGAGUAGCAAUUGUCAGUAUGAAGGGUGAAAUAGUUAAGAAGUAUACUCAGCUCAACCCUAAAACUUAUGAAGACAGACUAGAAUUGAUUCUAAAGAUGUGUGUGGAGGCUGCGUCAGAGGCAGUAAAUGUAAACUGCAGAAUUCUGGGAGUAGGUAUUUCCACAGGUGGACGGGUAAACCCCCGAGAAGGAAUUGUGCUCCACUCUACAAAACUCAUUCAGGAGUGGAGCUCUGUGGAUCUCAGAACUCCAAUAUCUGAUGCUCUGCACCUGCCAGUCUGGGUGGACAAUGAUGGAAACUGUGCUGCUCUAGCAGAGAGGAAAUUUGGUCAUGGAAAAGGAAUAGAAAAUUUUGUAACACUCAUUACUGGUACAGGAAUUGGAGGUGGAAUCAUUCAUCAACACGAAUUGAUCCAUGGCAGUUCUUUCUGUGCUGCUGAGCUUGGGCAUAUUGUUGUAUCUUUAGAUGGACCAGAGUGCCUGUGUGGUAGCCAAGGAUGUAUAGAAGCAUAUGCCUCUGGAAUAGCAUUACAGAGAGAAGCUAAGAAACUGCACGAUGAGGAUCUGCUUUUAGUAGAAGGAAUGUCAAUGAAGAAGGAGGAGGUUGUUAGUGCUGCACAUCUCAUUCAAGCAGCUAAACUGGGGAACUCAAAAGCAGACAGCAUUCUCAGAACAGCUGGGACAGCAUUAGGCCUUGGAGUUGUGAACAUUCUGCACACCAUGAACCCAUCUCUUGUGAUCCUUUCUGGAGUUCUGGCUAGCCACUAUGUUAAUGCUGUCAAAGACGUGAUAAAUCAACAGGCUCUGUCCUCUGUCAAAACUGUGGAUGUGGUGGUCUCAAAUCUAGCAGAUCCUGCUCUUCUUGGAGCUGCUAGCCUGGUACUGGAUUAUACUACACGUAGAAUAUACUAGGUACCUGGAAGAAUGAUAGAAAUGGUCUAUUCAGAUUCCUAAUGGGUGGAGGGAAUACUUUGCCCCAAUUUUUCCUUUGACGAGAGCAGCUACUGACUCAGAGUAGUGUUCUGAAUAGUUAGUGACCACUUCAGCAUUUCCUAUUUAAGGUAUUACCUUUUUGUAUUUUGCCUAAAGUUUAUCUGACUUCAUAGGAACUGGUGCAAUUCUGUUGUUUUUAAUCUUAAACCCUCUCUGGGGGUAAGCCCUUAUGUUGCUUUUAAGUGUAGCUGAAUUAUUUAUGAGAGUAUCUUGAUGUAUGGUGGGGAAUGUCGGUAUGGUGUGUCUAACUGUAGCUGACACUUGGGGAUCCAUAUCUCAUUUUCCACCUAUGUGAAAUGAGAAGUCUACAAUGUGACUAGCUUUUUAGUUUCCAGGUUUCCACCCACAAAGUAAACACAUUGUAAUAACCAAUAGCAGGUAAUAAUUUCAGCAGCGGGUGGAAAGAAGGAAAGCUUCCUCUACAAUCAGAAAAGCUGCAUCCAGAAAUUGUGGGUCAUUAAGGACUUGGUGGAGGCAGUUAUUUAUUUUUAUUACAUCGUUUUUAGAGGGCUGAGUCCUGUUUUGGAGGCUUUGCACAUGAAGGAAGAAGAUCGUGGUCUAGUGAGCUUACAGCCUGCAGAGCAGUCCAACCACACUGACCAGUGUAGCAGUGAGCAUCUUUGUCCUCUGGCUAUGGCCAGCAGUAAAUUCCUUGAAUUUUAUUGUUUAGGAUUUCCUCAAGGGACUCAGUCUACUACUUUGCCGAAUAAGCAGAGAGGGUACAUUUUACUCUUUGGCAGCCUGUUAGCUGGAUUUCAGCUAUGUCGCACAUCUGUCCAUAAAGACUCUAUCUUUCAAGAAAACUGUUCCACUGCAGAGUUACACAGUGCCUCUCCUCAGCAGCCCCAGUGACUGCAGGUACACCGUUCUUGUCCUGCAUUCACCAUCAGCUCACAGGAUGGAAAGUCAAAUCUGAGCCUCAUCCUCACCUUCAAGACACUGGGAAGCCUGGGAGCAAAGUUUCUGAAAUGCCAAUGAAGGUUUGCCUAGGUAAACCACAGUCCCUCUUGAUACAUGGCUGUCUUUAUUCAGCUGCUUCUCAGCACACUUCUAAGAUACUGUAGUAAUAAAUAAUAAUCGACACAAGGAGAAAUUGAAAAACAGACCCAUCUAGCUAAUCAGCCAUCCCAGAAAGAAGGUACCUGUGGAGGAACAGUCACAAGACCAUCCUCUGUCCUGCAUUUAAUGGCCUGUUUUGACAUCGGACUCAGCCACCAACAAUACUCUCAGAAGCUAGUACUAGUACUUUAGGGGAAUUAGAAGGGGCUAUUUCCACACUCAGACGACUACUUCAACCAUAAUGAACCAGUUUUCUGUAACUGUUGCCCUCUGCACAAUAAUCUUGGCCUGAAUAGCUGUUAGUGUAGUAGACGACUCCACUUGCUAAUUCUGGGAUAUAGUCUACACAAGUUGCCUUCAUUUCAUCCUCUCUUACACAAGGAAUGCUUACUGAGAACUCACAUCUUCACAGCAGAUUUUAGAACCACCAGAUCUCCUUGAUGUUUCCAGGAAUAACAGUGCAGCCUCUAUACCAUAGUUCUUCUCAGAAUCAGCAUAUACUGGCUCUUAACCAUUUGCAAAGUUGUAGUAGGCUUUGUGCCACCAGGGGUUCUUACUUCCUUUCCCUCUCUGUCUUGGUUUACUUGGUGAUUCCCACUGACUUCAGUACCAGAGUGGUAGCUCCUCAAGUGGGUCAAGGAGAAAUAGUAUCUAGCAUCACAAGUAAUCCUGAAUAAAAGUGGGACAAGGCUUUUGCUUUCCAGACCUCCUGAAAUUCUUUAUUUUUGGUAUCUCGACUUCAGAUACGUUUUUCCUUAGAAGCUGAAGGGAGGGUGCAGGCACAAAGAGACUAAAACACAUUGGAAAAGUUUUUCUGUAAACACCUUUAAUGUUUUGUGUUGUUAAGAAAAUGAUUCUUCAAAUGCAUUUGAAAAUGUUGGGGUUUGUCAACUGGACAAGAAGCUGCUGCAUAAGUGCACGUGGUGCAGAAGUCCUUGCAGUUUUCCCUGAGAAGUUUCUGAGUUUAUAAAAUCAGAAAUAAUUAAAAAAUCAUAUUUAAUAGCAUAA